UUCAUCUAAUUAAUUAAUGGCGUCGACCCUUGUUAGCUUCUCCUCCUCCUCCGGUGGUGUUGGUCUCAAGUACGGCGGCGGAUCCACGCCGGAAUUGGUGAAGUCCGGCAGAGCCAGGGUGGUGGUGGUGAGAGCUGAAUUGGGUUCAAAUGUAAACCUUUCUGUUAGGAAGGAGGAAGCUCAGGUCACUGAUACUGUUCUUGUUGCUGAUCUGGCCAAACCAAACACUGCCUAUUGCAGGUGUUGGAGGUCGAAGACAUUUCCUUUGUGCGAUGGGAGUCAUGUAAAGCACAACAAAGAAACUGGAGACAAUGUUGGCCCCUUGCUUCUCAAGAAGUAAUUCAUUAAUUAAUUCAUGCUUUUUAUCACUUGUAAUAACAAAAUCAACCAAUUAAUAAAUUCAUUCUAUGUUCCUAAUA